UGAAAACCCAGCGUCUGAUAUGCGGCCGACUUGUUGUUCUCUUCAGCCUGCCGGCCGAAGUGGGCAGUGGGCAGUCGAAUCCACCUUCGACUUGGACUAUCUGUUUACCUACAUGGCUAGCUACGUACAGAGCAAUGUAAUGUGUGUGAUUCCAUCCCGCAUUUGGAUCGGUCUUCGCAAAGUGUAUGGGAUCGGAUGUGUGUCUCUCGCUGUGUAUCUUGCUAUGUGACGGCAGCCAUGUCGCAUGCAGGCAGAUCUGCAGGUAGCGACGCAUGAUCAUUUAUACUUGUGCGAUUUGGAUUUCUAUAUGGGCCCGGUGCCGCCGAUAGCAACAACCUUGGGCCUGAAGGGUUGAAUGACUAGGAGGAAAACCACAAACGGCAUAACCUCGUAAUAUUUUUUUCUCAAGAUCCCCAUCGGCCCUGCCUGGUCAACACGGCCAGGAUGCACCCGUUCCUACCCUCCGAGUUCCAUGUCUAGUCUGGCCUGCGAGAAAGCUGGAGAAGCGGUGGCUGGUCUGACUGUCCGGCUGGGGUAGUGGUGGUCUCCUGAUUUUGCUGGCUGGGUUCCUUGGCUUUCGAGCAUCUACGCCUUUUCCCUCUCUAUUCCGGCUCUACGUCGUCGUUAUCGGCGGCGGCGGCGGCGGCGGCUUCUUUCCACCCUUUUCUCCCACUUUCCCUCUUCCUCUGUCUCGUGGACAGCUCAAACCAAUGAACCAACCAACAACCAAAAAUACCAGUAUCUGGAGUUUAACAUCUAGCUCGCCUCUCUCCCUCUUCUCUCCUCAUACUACGACGUAACCUGAACUGCUGUUAUCUCUCUCGUUCCGCCCUCCAUACCCACCCCGACGUGGAGCAAAACCAGGGAAAAAAUAAGCAAGCCAGUUGGAACUUCGCCAGAUAGUAUCACCUGCGGCAGACAACCUGGGCUUCCGACAAUCCACUGCACUAGCACCAUCUCAUCUCCUGCGACUUCCCCACUUGGACCGCCUCUGGUAGGGGUGCGAAAGGGCAGAUUUGCGACCUAUCUUUACACGGUCCGGCCGUUUUGGGCGCUGCACGUAGCGUGUGCCUCGUGCCGUGCUACAGAUACCACGACCAGGUAUAUACACGACUGAACGCCCGCGCGCAAGAAAAAGCCAGUCGAGCGACCGCCUCAAUAUCUGCCUCUCCCCGUGCUCUACCUCUUUCUCCCCGUCUUCUUGUUUUCGAGGCUCUCUUCGCCUCUGUAUUGUCGCUCUGGCCACUUCCAAUUCCUCCCAGAGUAGGACUCUUAUUGCGACAGCUCUGUAUCAGUUUUCCCCAUGGCCUCGAGAAACCCCUCCACAUGGGACGAGUACGAACGGGGCGCAUCCCCUCAGCGCUCCGUGAGCAUCGACUCCAACGCCGUCGCUGAGGACCAGUCGCUCCUGGGAGAGGACGACGAGGGUGGCUACGGCGGCGGUUCUCAUGGGCUUCGCCGCAGAAGGUCUUCAGUAACGCGACACCUCGCCGCCAUUACAGACAUUGGCGGCGUCAACAGUAUUCGCUCCUUCACUCGAAGUUGGGCGCGUGCGGCGGGCUUUGCCGAGGUCUUGCCCCAACGACCAUCCUUCGUCUUCGCGCCCGAUCAGGUUCCCAUUGCCUCGGGGUCGAACGAGGCGCUCGACUACUCCCGAAGCCAUGUCGAGUCGGGCUCCCACCCGCGAACCUCGCUGCUCAGACAGCACCUCGAGGCCACACCCGAGACAGGGCCGAGCACCUCACACCAGAAUGGCUCUUCCGCUUCACUUGUGGAUGACGGCUUGGUCCAGAACGACUUCCGCGACAGAGAGCGCAAGGCGGUCGAGGCGGAAAUGUCGGGCGCUGUCUAUAGCGGCUCGAGCUUCGGUAGCGGUCGCCGUCCCUCGCAGUCCAUCUUCGCAGUCCCGCCCCAUUUGGCGACUCCGCCGCUGGUUGGCAGCUACAGCUCGUACAGAACGUAUGGCACCAUAGAGGAUGUUGACUCGCCGUCAAUGGCCCAGGCCGGCGAGCUGUGGCGUCAGCAACAAGAGGCAGGGGGCAACGUACCCGACGGAGAGAACAUGCCCAUUCUCGUGAAGGAGGUUGAGCAGGACGGAAAGAUCAUCUUGACUGUGGAAGGGCAGUCCACGCUUCCUCAAACCAUCUUCAAUUCGAUCAACGUUCUGAUCGGCGUCGGUCUCUUGAGUUUACCCAUGGGUAUCAAGUAUGCCGGGUGGAUUUGCGGCAUGACCAUCCUGGCCGGUUCCGCGGCCGUAACGGCCUACACGGCGAAGCUUCUGGCCAAAUGCAUGGAUCUUGACGCCAGCUUGAUUACCUUCUCUGAUCUGGCCUACAUUUCGUACGGACGCAACGCGCGCAUUGCCACCAGCAUUCUCUUCACUCUCGAGCUAUUGGCUGCCUGUGUCGCCCUCAUCGUUCUCUUCGCCGAUUCUCUGACCCUCCUUUUCCCGGGUUUCUUGAGCGUAAACACCUGGAAGCUGAUAUGCUCCGUCAUCAUGAUCCCUCUCAACUUCCUCCCCCUCCGGUUGUUGAGUUUUACCAGCGUCAUUGGCAUUGUGUGCUGUUUCAGCAUUGUGGCGAUUUUGGUGAUUGAUGGACUCAUCAAACCGACAACACCUGGCUCGCUCAUCGAGCCAGCCACGACGUAUCUGUUCCCGGCGAACUGGGGCACAUUGCCGUUGAGUUUCGGCCUGCUCAUGAGCCCCUGGGGUGGCCACAGCGUAUUCCCCAACAUCUACAGAGAUAUGCGCCAUCCUCACAAGUACCCUCGGGCCGUAAAGACGGUCUUCACGUCCGUGUACCUCCUCGACGCCUUCACGGCCGUUGUGGGUCUCCUCAUGUAUGGUGACAACGUCAUGGAUGAGAUCACAGCCAACAUCCUCCAGACGAGCGGGUACCCACGUGCGCUCAACUUCUUGUUGUGCGUUUUUAUUGCCAUCAUUCCUCUGACCAAGAUCCCGCUCAACGCCAGACCGAUCGUUGCGACUCUGGAGGUGUUGACUGGCAUCCACCAGCAGGCUGUUGCCGACAGCUCAGCCAUGGUCGGCCGCUCCGCCACCUUCAGAGGCAUCAUGAAGGUAGCCAUCAGAGUCGUGACCGUCUUGGUAUUCCUCGUCAUCUCCAUUUUGUUCCCAGCCUUCGACAGCAUCAUGGCGUUUAUGGGCAGUGCCUUGUGCUUCACCAUUUGCGUGCUUUUGCCUCUUGCGUUUUACGUAAAGCUAUUCAGCAAGGAGAUCACUCCGCAGGAAAAGCUCCUUUGCUACGUCCUGAUGACCAUUUCAACGAUCCUGUCCGUGGUGGGUACGGUCUGGGCUUUCCUGCCCAAGAGUCUAAUCGGCGCAGAAUGAGAGGCGUUGAUGGCAUUGGGAUGCUUGUGUGCGUCGUGGCCGUGAUUGGCGUCUUGAAUAUUCGCUCUACCGGAACAUUGCUUGGCGCUGGUGGCACCUGGUUAUAAUGCCUGCAUGAUGUAAUGGGUUGCUUUGUGCAUGUUUGCCGCUAUAUCCCCAGCAUUUCUUGUUUAUUUCUCUAGCCGAAUCGUGUCUGCGGGGCCCUCUGUCUCUCAAUGGCUCUGUAUAGAUGCUUAACCGUGCUGUUUAAAUAACAUCUUAUCUUGCUGCCUUUGACGACAGCUUGAUUUACAAGACCUGCACCCUCUUCUCUUUCUUCCCAGUCCUAAUGAUGGCACCGUGGUCGGUUGACGUCCUGUCCCGGCUUGGCCUAUGCUCCCCUGGUUAAUGCCCCAGGCGAACCAACGGCAGGUCGUGGGAGGCCUGGUAGAUAAACACGCAAAGGGUCACACGGCUUGUCGUCAUGGUUCGACUUUGAGGCCUGACCCACGCAAAGUGCUCUUGAUAGGUACCGAGCACUGGCUGACGAGACCGAAUGGCCGAGAACCCGGACGGACACUGACAGGUCUAUCAAACACGACAUGUCGGCCUGGCUUGGCUUUGCUCCGUCCCCUUGCACCAGAGUAACUCGGCCUUGACUCUGAAGUGUCUGUUUCGUUCACUAGAUCCGGGCAUCUAACCCCGUCCUGUGUUUGGUAGGUGUCCAGGAGCAGAUGGGUAAUGGCGACAGCGAAGUGAAGGCACCUACCUACCUAUCUACUUGCCUAUCCAUUUCAU